CAGCUCUGGAUGUUAAAUGGUAAAAUGGAGGUAGGUAGUGAAUUUCACUCCGUUUAGAUGUACGAUUUCAUCAACCCAAAAAUUGAAGAAUUGGAAUCGUACCGACCGAAUUCGACGCGUUUGGACGCCAACCGAAUCAUCGCUCGGAAACCUCGCCAAAUUCCAAGCGGCGCGCGCGGUCUGCUCCAUUUUCGCUAGUCCAGGAGCUCCGCGCGGCACGGAGACGAGCAGCUGCGAGGCGGCAGCGGAGAAAUCUUGGGCGGACCGUGGCGGCGACGGCGGCGGCGAGCAGGUCAAUUCCAGUUAGUUGUAGCAGAAUCCGCAGGAAUCAAUUCAACAAAAGAUUUCUCUUCCCAGGAUCUUCCCUUGAAGCACUAGGCGAUGCCGCCAAGGAAGCGGGGGAAAAAGGGGGCUACCACCGCCACCAAGCAGCAGCAAACGCCACCGCCCGAGCCGCCUGGCCCUGACGCUCCCGUGCAGGAGAAGCUGCGGUGGCUUGCUGACCAAGAGAUUGAACGUCGGAAAGCUGCCAUCAGAGCUAUUCAAGCAGCAGAGGUUGAGGGUGUACUUUCUGGGAUACACUUAGUGCGAACCUACAUUUCCAAGGAGCAAGAAGAAACAUGUGCCUUGCAAUAUUUCCAGGAGAACUUGCCCAACGUGUCAGUUGUCCCGAAUGAAAAACAGGACGAGCUUGAGUUGAAGUGGAAUGAGUGGGAUAAUCACAUAUAUGGAGACCAGAGGGAUGACAAGGUUUCACGAGCUUCGAUCACGUCAUUGGCAACUGCUGCUGGUUUUCAUUUCUCGGGAGAUUCAGUGCAGAAGAACUUCAUUGAGAGCACCUUUGAUUUUAACAACUGUACUUGGAGUGAGCUACCCGAAGGUCAGAUGACAGGGGCAGGGGAUUCUCUACAGACACCCGGGGCUACGAGUAGCCGACUCUCUUUUGGCAUGACACCGAAAACUGUAAGAGUACCCAAGAAUGGCGAGAUGCUCUUAUCUGUGCAUGGGUCACCUCUUGGAGUGUACAAAGAAGAAAAUCUGGCAGCCAUUACUGAAUCUGGAAAUGGAAGUGAAGAUAAUACAACACCCAUCUCUUAUGGCUAUUCAUUUACUAAUAUAAAAAAAACAUGUUACAGAAUCUGGAAAUGGAAGUGAAGAGCUGCCUCGUGAUGCCACUGGCCCUCUGUAAUAGCAGUAGAGUAAGCUGUGGGAGAUACUAAUCAGAACUUCAACCACUAAUUCAGGGUAUUCGUAGAGUCUCAACCCUCAUUGCCUGACGAGGUUCGGUGUGUUUAGGUUAUCCUUUUGUGUAGUUUGAUGAAGCAUGUUGUGGGGCGCCAGUUUUAGUCAGCUGAAACCAUUUGUCAGGUGCUUUAGCACAGUGUUGUCUGUUGUUAACUUCGCCACCAGGAAGCUGGUGGGAUUAGAUGAAUCUUUGGUGCGGCAUUCGUUAUUCACCCAGUUAUUAAGACUUCUGUAAUGAGAUGAGAUGAGACGUGGUGUACUGUCCAUGCUGUAAACGGAACUGUGAUGUCCCAUUUAGCUAUGUGCCAUGUUGUGCCGUGUACAUCAGGGGGAACUGCAAUUUGACAAGAUCUCAUAUCUUUCUGAUUUGAAA